AUUCAUUUUGUUACCUAUCUUAUCAAAAUGCAGCACACUAAUUCCCAGCACUAAGUUUAUGACCGCUGGUGUGCAUAAACAAAAUCAUUUAUUUGUGUUUGUUGCUCAGAGAAUUCAGUCCAAUGACGAGUUUCGAGCUUACACUGCUGCCGCUGCUUUUUUUGCUACUGAUCUUGGAAAACUCCCUAAACUCCACCCAGAUGAUGUCCUCGAUGGUGAAGGCGGGCAUUUUCCGGCACCUGAUGUGCCGCAACAAUAUGUAUCCACGCAGCUCCGUGCUCCGGUACCCAGUGUCCGACGAACAGGUCGUCUGGUCGGAGCCGUUCCCGGACUACUGCCCGCCGGCAUACACGGCGCCACACAUUGGCGGGCAGGUGUGGGCGGAUCCUCCGCUGCCCAGCGACACCUUCCGGCCACAGUGGAACCAGCUGGAUGGCCAGGUAAACCGCGAGUCCUUCCACGGUGCCUACAACGUGCAGAAUGGACUGCCCCUGAAUCCGAUCGGGCGUACAGGACUUACCGGGCGUGGGUCACUAGGCCGAUGGGGUCCCAAUCAUGCCGCAGAUCCUAUUGUCACGCGCUGGAAGCGGAACGACCAAGGAGCCAUUGUGGCCAACCCGGCCACCGGCAAGAAUAUCUUACAGAUGGUUGCCAUACAGCGGUCCGACAACAAGUUGUGGGCCAUUCCCGGGGGGAUGGUCGAUCCCGGCGAAAAUGUAAGUGCCACUCUUAAGCGGGAGUUCACCGAGGAGGCAUUGAAUUUUACGGACAAGGCCAACAUGGUGGAGCGGUUUUUCCAAGCGGGCGGCGUCCAGGUAUAUCAAGGCUACGUAGACGAUUUUCGAAAUACGGACAACGCUUGGAUGGAAACCACUGCGCUGAACUUUCACGACGAAGACGGAAGCCAAGUGGGACAAUUGGAGCUAGUGGCCGGUGACGAUGCCACCAAUGUGCGCUGGACGGACGUCGACUCUAAUCUUAAGCUGCACGCGAAUCAUGCAGACAUCGUCCAGGAAGUUGUCAUCAGACGAAAUGCACACUGGUAGAGAUUACACAAAAACUAUAAGUUAGGAUCAACUGCCUGACGAUUGAAGAAAAGAGCGUUUCAGUGAAAUUAUACGAUUUAAAUGAAAACAAUGUUUUUAAUGGAAACAAGUAA